UCUUCAAGUUGAACAACACCAACUCACCCAAUUCAACCCUUUAAGAUAAGGAAAAAAAGAAAGAGCAGUUGAGUUUGAGGUCGAGGUUUCAAGUUUUCAAUUUCAACUCAUUAUGUCAAACUGUUGACUGACUCAAUAUUCCAUAUUUAUUAACAAACAAAAACACACACAAGAAAAGAAAAUAAAGAAAGAACAGAGGAGUUUCCUAAAAAACACACCAAGGCUUAGCAAGCUUGGCUAAUUAAUAAUAUGGCUUUGGGUCAUUAAUACUACUACGAAGGUGUUUACUGGAGAGGAAAUAAUGGCUUCUUCACCAGAACUCGCCUUCCAAAACUACUACUCCCAAAUAAUAAUGCCUUCUCCUAAUUCUUCUUCUUUCUAUGUCUUUAACUGUAGUAGUGAUGCCACUGACACUACCGUAAAUACUUCUCCUACUAUUUCCUUUUCAGAUCUAGGAGAGCGUCGUCUCACGCGACAGAGGAAACUCCGUUACGUUACAGAUCAAGAGUUGGGUAUUACAAACUUAAAUAUUCACCGUUCUUCUCGUUCUUCCCCAACUUCUCCUGACUCUGAUGACCGGAAAAUCGGUUCCCCACGUGCCCGUUCUGAACGACACUGGUCUUUCUCCUGCGUCCCACAACCCUUGCCACUCCCUGGUUCUCCAUUGGUUCGGCGACCUGAGUCUUCCUCUGAAGGUUUCGCUUCACCGUUUGGAAGGAAAACUCCAAGGAGAUUCUCUACUGAUUCAAAUCAUGUUGUUCCGAUUAAGGGGAGUGCGAUUUCAGCUCCAAAUACUUGUCCACUUAGUCCCAAAAGAUCAAAUGUUAAAGAAACCAUUUUUUCAUCAUCAUCAUGUCAUGUUCACAUUAGCCCCAACAAAAGAUCAUCAAACGGCGGAGGCAUUUCCUUCUCUCAUUUCCCCAAUAUUUAUGGUAAUAAUCUACAGGAACCCAAUAACAGAGCCGAACCUCAUCAUAACUUGCGAGUCAAUGUCCCAUCAAAGAGUGCUCCAUCAAGUCCACGAAGAUCACGCGCCGAUGAUCGGGAGUUACAGAACAUCCUGGCAACCGGUAAUUCUCGCACCCUAUCUCCGGUUAGAAUCCGGCAUAGCGUAGACCAUUCUUCUUCUUCUAAUAAUAAUAAUAAUAAUGGUCGAAAUGACCAUAAUACCCCUAAGAGUCCAAAGAGAAAUUCGUUUCCCUCUCAAUAUAAUAAUAAUAAUAAUAAUAGUAAAAGACCCUUGACCGAGACUUAUGCCCAUCCUUUACCACUCCCUCCCGGGCCCACGCUAUCAUCACAGCCUGUUACCCUACCCCGUAACACAGACGUAUCAUCAUCAUCAUCGAUUAAAGGUCAAUGGCAAAAAGGUAAACUAAUCGGACGUGGCACAUUCGGAAGCGUGUAUAUGGCUAUGGACCGAAACACUGGGGCCUUAUGUGCAAUGAAGGAAGUGGAUCUUAUUCCAGAUGAUCCUAAGUCUGCUGAAUGUGUAAAACAACUGGAACAGGAAAUUAAAGUUCUCCGUGAACUUGAUCACCCUAACAUUGUGCGGUACUAUGGUUGUGAAAAAAUCGAAGAUCACUUCUACAUAUAUUUAGAGUACGUUCAUCCUGGUUCCAUCAAUAAAUAUGUCCGUGAACAUUGUAGAGCUGUUACAGAGUCUGUGGUUCGUAAUUUCACACGCCAUAUUCUCUCUGGAUUAGCUUAUUUGCAUGGUAAACAGACAAUCCAUAGGGAUAUCAAAGGUGCAAACUUACUUGUUAAUUCUUUUGGGGUUGUUAAGCUUGCUGAUUUUGGAAUGGCAAAACAUCUUACAGGACUAUCAUAUGAACUUUCAAUGAAAGGCAGUCCAUAUUGGAUGGCUCCUGAGGUGAUAAAAGCUGUGAUGCAGAAUAACAGCAACCCUGAUGUUGCAUACGCUAUUGAUAUAUGGAGCUUAGGGUGUACCAUCAUUGAGAUGAUGAAUGGCAAACCCCCAUGGAGUGAGUUCACUGGGCCUCAAGCUAUGUUCAAGGUGUUGAACAAAACACCACCAAUACCAGACACAUUAUCAUCUGAGGGAAAAGAUUUCCUCAACAUUUGCUUUAGGAGGAACCCAGCCGAGCGUCUCUCGGCUGCUGCGCUGCUUGAGCAUCCCUUUGUCGCUGUGCGAAAAUCGCAAAAAAAUAAUACUAAUCAGGAUGUUUCCAACCACUUCUCUGCAGCAAUGAAUCUUGUGGAUAAUAAUAGAAUGCUUAAUGGUGAAAGUGAUGAUGGGCGUAGCAAGCAUAAAAUAGAUUUCUUGUCCUUCUCUCCACGCACAACUCUGCCCUUUAGUACCAAUAUCUCUUCUCCAAGGACACUAACGUUUUGAUAUUAUUUCAAGAAAUAUUUUUACUUUUUUUUUUUUUUUGGUUUAUUUACAAAUAUAUUUCUUGCAAGAAAUAUAUGAUUAACUGUAUGUAACAUAAAAGGGUUUUUUUUUUUUUUUUUUUAAUGGAACAUCUAAUUUUUGGAAGAAAAAGAUCAAAUUAUUAAUUGAUGAAAAUACACCCUGUUGUUUUGGAACAUGAAUUAUUUCCAUACAACUUCUUAACAUUCAUUUAUUUAGAACUUGUUUUUGGAAAUUAUUUAUUUUUCAAACUUCAACGGAGAAGAAGAAGAGUGUGUUUUUGUCAGUUGAUUUUUCUUUUCUUCUAAAUUUAUUAUUUGUUUUAAUUUGGUUUGAAAUUCAAACUGUAUGUUCCAUUGAUUAAUUAUAUAUAUAGUGAAGUCGAGUGUAGUUUGUUCA